UGCCCCAUCAUAGGUGUCAGUGGGGGGAAUAGUGCCCCAUCAUUGGUGUCAGUGGGGGGAGGAAUAGUGCCCCAUCCUUGGUGUCAGUGGGGGGAGGAAGAGUGCCCCAUCCUUGGUGUCAGUGGGGGGAGGAAUAGUGCCCCAUCCUUGGUGUCAGUGGGGGGAGGAAUAGUGCCCCAU